CCCAAGCGGCUUUGCUGCUCCACUCCUUCAAACUGAGAUUUGCAAAGGUAUAGUGGCGACUCAUCCCGUUACCCGCCAAUCAAACGCGGCGCCGUCACCGCCACACCCAUUUUAAAUUUCCCAAACAACGAAGCGAAACGUUAAUUUUCAUAGUGGUUCUAAUACUUCAAAGAUCGAAUCUUGAUCACCUUUCAAGAUGUCGACGGAUAAAGACCCAACCAAUCUGUCCCGUACCUUCAAAUACCUAUUGGCUACUCAGUUUUUGUCAAGAGGAAUACCCUUUAUAUUCAAUACGUGGAUUGUGAGGCAUCUCAAAGAAGAAGACUACGCGCUAUAUGCAGUGCAGUUUUAUCUUUUUGUAACCUGUGUUUUGUUUCUUAGUCGAGAGGGCUUCCGGCGAGCAUGCUUGCGGAUGGACAUGAAAUGUGAUGGAUCCUCAAGGGAAGAAGAUGUUGUGAAGCUAAUGAAAGUAGCUUGGAUGAGUCUCCCACUUGGAAUAUUUAUUACAUUUGUAGCUUGCUUGUUUGUCUUCUGGUGGCAAGAAAUAAAUUUUUCUGGUCCUCAAGGGCAAGCUAUCUUGAUCAAUGGUUGCGCGUGUAUUUUGGAGCUUUUGGCUGAACCUGUGUAUAUUCUUUCACAGAACUUAGUCUUGCUGGAAUUGCGGCUGAUGGUUGAGACAGUGGCUACUAUUUCACGAUGCAUGACAAUGUACAUCCUUAUUGUCAAACAAACUGGAAUGGAGAAGCCAAUCGUAUUUGCUUUAUCACAGUCUGCAUACGGAGCCUCCAUUUUUCUGGGCUAUUGGGGCUAUCUGGUUCUCUUCCGCAAAUUCAGAAGUUCUCACAUUUUCCCAUUCAGGGAACUAAAGGUGAUUGGAUUUGAUAGGCAGCUGUCAAAGAUGUGCAUGCUUUUUACCUUCCAAUCCUUCCGAAAAUUGAUCCUUCAAGAAGGAGAAAAAAUGGUGCUUGUGUGGUUGGAUACACCAUAUAAUCAAGCUGUAUAUGGUCUUGUGGACAAAUUAGGAAGUUUAGUAGUGAGGCUGGUCUUUUUACCUUUUGAAGAAAGUUCAUAUGCAACAUUUGCAAGGUCUGCUUCAGGGAAAUACCCAGAUAAAAGCAAGAAAUUAGGGAAAUGCUUGAUGGAGUCACUGAAGCUAGUUUUGUUGAUCGGUCUUGUUUUUGUGGCAUUUGGUCCAAGUUAUUCUUAUUCACUGAUUAGAUUGCUUUAUGGUGAAAAAUGGAGUGACGGAGAAGCAUCAACUGCCCUUCAGUAUUAUUGCAUUUAUGUCAUUCUUUUGGCAAUGAAUGGAACCUCUGAAGCCUUCUUACAUGCAGUUGCAUCAGAGAGCCAACUCAAACGUUCAAAUGAUUCAUUACUUGUGUUCUCUUUGAUCUAUAUAAUUUUGAACGUUGUACUCAUAAGGUUAGCUGGGGCAGUUGGAUUGAUUGUGGCAAAUGCCGUGAACAUGGCCUUGAGGAUUUUGUACUCUGCAAUUUUCAUAAAGCACUAUUUCCAGGGAUCAUCCUCAUUCUCUUUCCAUAGCUGCUUGCCAUCAGGAUGGAUUAUUCUGUUGCUUUCAGGCAUAAUCACGAUCAUUUCAGAGAAAAUCUUUCUAGUCCGAGAAAAUUUCUGGCUAACUUUUCCUAUCCAUUUCUCUAUUGGGCUGGCUUGCUUUUGCGUGUCAUCUUAUGUGAUCUAUCGCAGGGAAAAACCUUUCAUCAGAAGAAUAAUUCGCUUUCGAGAUCACUCAGACUGAACACUCUUGCAGAUUAGAUUCAAGGUUAGUUUUGUUUCUCCGAAAACAACUGAGCAUGCCUCGCUUGGUUUGAGCACCGGGAAACAAAUUCUUUUUUAGUUUUUUUUUAUUUUCUUAGCACAAUGUUUAUUAUGCUGUUGGAAUUAUUAUUCAAUGGUGUAUAUUUGUUUCUACUUUUAUUGAGAUAAUGGCAAUUUGUAAUCAUUAAAAACACCUUUUUUUUUCCCUGUA